ACAAUGAGCCACGCGCUUCCGGCAGGCACUGUUGUCACGACGUCUUCCGAGCCGCGGGAGUUUUCGAAGACGACCGCCCAGGACCUUAGCCUGGAGCACUCCUCCCUCUGCGGUCUGUCCGAGCAACGCUCGUCAUUGUCGAAGAUCCAAUUGUCAAUCUUCACAUAAACAUCCUCGUCUAACAAGCUAUGGAUCCGUGCGAGGUCCGACGGGAAAUCGCGCGGGCUAUUAGCACCGUCCUAUGACCAUGAGACGGCAACGCAAGAGGGCAGGUCAAGGGCUCGAGGAACGGAACCCAGAGCGCGCGACGAAUGUCAUGGGUGUGCCACCGGCAGAGCUGGCUCAAGUUUUACCGGGAUGAACGUUCUGCUUU